AUGACCUCGUACCUCUCAUCGUUGACAUCCUCCUCCGCCAUCUCUACCCUGGGCUCCCGGCUCACCAACCUUCGCCGUGCCAUUACCCUUGGCGACGAGGGUGAUGACCCAGACAACGAAGAUUGCUCCCACAUUUCCAAUGCUCUGCGGGCCUACUACUCCGAAAAGGGCCGUCCAUUCCCACCAUGGCUUCCACAGGACCCCAAGGGCCCAUCUCCGACACCCACCCGCCAGAUCGCGACUUCACAACUACCCAGCAACUACAGCCAAGGAUCCUCCAGCUCCGGCCGUAGCGGUGGUCUGAGCGAUCUCUGGGGUGAUUCUCCCGCGUCUCAGUCGCCCAAUACCCAGACUGCCAGUUUGCGGCGCGGACGUGGUGGUACAGCACCGCCGCUCGCUGCCGCCCACAGCGCUCCAUCUGGUUCUGUGGCUUCGCCUGGUCCGAACAUCACACUUUCUCAAUCUCAUUCGCCUGGCUCGGGCUCACCCCAUCCAGCUGGAGCCCGGCCAUUGCCUAGCCAGCGUUCUGGACCGCAGCAGGCCCCUCGUCCGAACCUGGAUCGUGCUGGAUCAGGUGGGGGUUCGGCUCAGGAGCGACUACGGGCCAGAUUGCAGGGAGGAAGAUCUCCUAGUCCCAAUGUGGAUGCCAGUGUUCGCAAGCCAGUUGGAUACCCGGCAAGACGUUGA